AUAAAGCCUUAGAUGGACAAUCCUAAUUGUCCCUGCACCUGCGAACGGUUGCGAAUUUAGACUCCUGACAACGCAAGCCCCUCGAGGCAUCGAACGCACGGUGGUGUUAGCAACGGGAACAGAUGGGGACGGCGAGGCGAGGGUCCGCGGGUGGUGGGCCAGACCCUUCGAUUCGGCGAGUUCGGCGAGUUCGGCGAAGCGUUCGCCAGAAGGAACCCCCAAUCCCCGUCAGAUUACCAUCCUCAACGGCCAUGCACCGCCGUUGAACAGGUGCAUGGCGCAGGCCAUCAGUACAUGCGGAAUGUAGGUACGGCAGCACGUAUAUUGCAGGAAGUAUGUAGAGUGCGGCGGCAGCGGCGGCAGCGGGCCAGCAAGAAUACACUUUAUGCUCAGGCCAGUUGUGCCAAACCGGCAUUGUCAGUUGGACCGUCAACCCCCGCGGACAUAUCGGUGGCGAUCUGUUGGGUUAGAUGGGCCACCACGUAGGCGCCGUGGCGGGUGGCCACAACCUUCCAUUGCUCAUAUACGAAGGUAGCCACCUUCGACACCGGACGCAUCAUCUGCAAGAGCGUCGCCACCUGGCGGUGGUCAAGCGUGAUUCCUGGCAGAUACACUCCCACGAGUCGGAGGCCCUCGGAGUCCAUGAGGCCCACGACGCAGGCGCCUGCAUCCGCCUGGUGGUACUGACGGGCCUGCGCAAGCACCUGGACAGUGGACGCCGGAAGCUGGGGCGGGGAUAUCGGAACCGUCAUCAGCAGUACCAUCACAAGCAGGUCAGGGUGGAUCCCCCAUACCAGUUUUUGGCCUCACUUGUUCCGGCACAAUGGCCUGCACACACCCCGGGGCUAGCGGUGCGCGGGGCAGGUGCCUCCGAUGUCUCCGAAGGGUUUCCGGGAUCCUCUACCCCAGCCAGAUCGUGCCCGUGGCGACGUGCCUUGGCGAGGAUUGCGGUUAUCCCCUCUGGCCCUGCCUCGUUGCAACCCCUGUCUCCAACCAGACCACUGGCUAUUGUGUCAUCAGCUGCCUGCCAACCGCAGUCGUAUAUAAGGCGGAAGCUCCCCAGACAGAACCUGCAAAUUUCCACUGCCAUAGCCUCGUCAUCUGCCUGCCAAAUCUGCCGUCACGCUUUCCCACCUGGUCGAUUUCCUUCUCGAUUAGUCCAGCAACUGACACCUCCUGAAAUAUUCCCCAGCAGACUUACGUGCUUGCGAAAAACGUGACUGUGACUCAGUCACUGAAAUAAACACGGUCAUACUGAAUACACUGCUAAAAUUGGUAUAUUUGGAAAUAACUGAAGAUACUACCACUUCUACCACCACGGCCUCCAAGCAUCCUACAACAUCCUUACUGCCUUUAACACUCUUACUGUCGCCUUUCCUGCCCCACUCCUACCCACCACUUAUCUCCCUCCACGCGAAACACGUCCUCGCACGUACCCCA